CUGUCAGAGACUGAAAGAGCUGUUUAAAAUCAUCACAGUCUGAAUAUGAAGCUAAAUUGGCUCCUUAGCAAGGCUGCACGUCGUUUGAAUGCAUGUGUUAGCAGGUGUUAGCUUAGCUUGUAGCUGUAGUGGAGCACUUGCACACUGCAUUCUGCCUGCACUCACUUACAGUCUUGUUUCGCCUCCUCUAGCUCCACCAUGUCCAACGAAGACCUCGUCUCGGUGGAUUAUGAAGUUUUUGGCAGAGUUCAGGGUGUAUUUUUCCGUAAAUACACACAAGCAGAGGGAAAGAAGCUUGGCCUGGUUGGAUGGGUCCAAAACACAGCCUCAGGAACAGUUCAGGGGCAGCUACAAGGGCCACGCAGCAAGGUGAAAGAAAUGCAAGAGUGGUUGAAAUCCACCGGGAGCCCCAAGUCCCGCAUAAGCAAGGCGGAGUUCAAGAACGUAAAGACAGUUCACAGCCUAGAACACUCAUCUUUUAGCAUAGUAAAAUAAAACAUCCCAUUUGUUUGUGACUGUAGUAUUAACCUUAAAGCAGAUGUGUUAUUUAUUUAGUCUUUUUACUGGCAGGAAUGCAACUCGUAUUAAUUAGUUGAAAAUAAGUGUAUAUGUACAGUCUUCUAAACAUCUACAAUGUAAUAAAUGGAAAAGGUAUU